AUGCAAGGUACUGGCUAUAAAUACGAAAACGAAACUCUGUAUCCACAAAGAGGUGGUGCACCGCUCCGAGACAGGCCACCCUCUACCUACGCCCUUUAUGCAAAGUUGACGUUUUUGCAUCGUAACGCACUUCGCAACGCCGAGAUCGCUGGGGAAAGAGUGGUGAAGCGGAGCACCAUUGUACAUCGUAAAUUCAAAGCUAGACCUAGUAUCGUAGUCGAAAAAACACCAAUGGAGCACAUAUGGCGGACAGAUAGUUACAUGGAGUUUGUCAAAAAAUACUUCCAAGGAACACAGGACGAUACCGGCCAAGAGACGGAGAAGAUGUAG